AAAAUUGAUCUUGAUACACUAUUCUAUAUACAGCACUAGCGCAGAAGGUGACUCUAUAACAUCAUUUGUCUCGCUCACUCUGCAACAAGGACGCGUCAUAGGAAAUUUAAAAAAAAUAUUCCGAAAACAGAAUCGAACUAAAGAGACAUCAGACUGGUGGAUUUAUUUGAUAGUGCCUUCGAGUUAUGGCUUACUAUAAAUAGGUGUUAUGUUUUAAAUUUUAAUACAGUAUCUAUCGUUUAUGUCAAUUAUCAGAUAUGACGUGCGAUAACAAAUAAAUCAAAAGUUCAUAUUUCACCGGCAGUGUGGUUUUGCGUGAUUUGUGACCGCUCGUAUCGUAAAAUGUAUUCGACGAAAAUAAGAAUUUUGAACUCGGAGUUAGGAGUUCUCCAAAAACAAAUUCUAAGGAGUGCAGCAGUGAGCAGCACAUCAAUAAAAGUUGAAGAUGCAACGGUCCCGCUCAAAUCAUUGAAGGAUAUCCCGGGUCCACCGUCACUGCCUAUUAUUGGGCCUCUGCACAACUUCUUACCAGGAGGUAUGUUCUAUAAUGUGAAAGGUAUAGAGCUCAAUAAAAAAAUGUACGAAGUGUAUGGACCUAUUGUGAGGUUGGACUCAAUGCUGGGCAUGAACUUAAUAGUAGCUCUGUACGACGCUGAGAGUACGGCCCAAGUCUUUCGCGGCGAGAAUUGGAUGCCUGUUCGGCCCGGAUUCCCUUCACUGGAAUAUUAUAGGAAAAAUUAUAAGCACAGAAACGAAGAAUCGUCUAAACCAACUGGACUUAUCACUGAUCAUUUAGAGCCAUGGAAGGAGUUCCGCUCUGCUAUGAAUCCCGUGUUGAUGCAACCGAAAACUAUCAGACUGUACACAAAUGCGAUAGAUCAGGUCGCCCAAGACAUGAUCUCCAGAAUGAAAUCAACGCGAGAUGAAAAUAACAUGCUUCGUGGACAAUUCGACAUAGAAAUGAAUUUGUGGGCCUUGGAGUCGAUUGCUGUGGUUGCUCUGGGCACUCGGCUGAACUGCUUCGAUCCGAACCUGGCCGAGGACUCGCCAGCAAAGAGACUCAUCCACCGCGUUAAUGACUUUUUCAAUUACGCUGAGGCUUUGGACUACAAGCCAUCCUUAUGGAAAUAUAUUUCCACGCCUACGUUAAAAAAAGCGAUUGAAACUUAUGAGGAUCUUGAAAACUUAACGAAAUAUUUUAUACAAAAAGCAAUGGAAGAAUUGAAAAAAAAUGGAGGAAAAUCUAAUGACGAAAAGGGUGUGCUUGAAAAGCUGUUGGAAAUUAAUGAAGAAUUUGCGUACAUUAUGGCGGCCGACAUGUUGUUUGCUGGUGUUGAUACGACUGCCACCACUAUGAUGGGGACGUUGUACCUCCUGGCAAAAAACCCAGAUAAGCAGCAAAAACUACGAGAGGAAGUUAUGUCGAAGUCAGAUAAGAAACCAUACAUGAGGGCAUGCAUUAAAGAGUCGAUAAGAUUGAUGCCAGUUAUAUCUGGUAACUUCAGAAAGACGACCAAAGACUACAAUAUUCUCGGAUAUCACAUACCAAAAGAAACAUAUGUCGUUUCCAUGCACCAUAAUAUGUCUCUAAACGAAGAAAACUUCCCGAGAGCCACUGAAUUCAUCCCAGAACGUUGGAUAGUCGAUAAAGCCGACCCGCUUUACCACGGAAACGCGCAUCCUUUUGCCUAUGCUCCAUUUGGCUUUGGAGUGCGCAUGUGCAUAGGUCGUCGCAUCGCGGAGCUGGAAGUGGAAUCGUUCCUGGCGCGGAUCGUGGAGAACUUCAAGGUGGAGUGGUUCGGACCACCUCCGAAAGUAGUCCAAGCUGCACUUAACUACGUCAGAGGGCCAUUCAAUUACGUUUUCAAAGAUUUGUAA